UGCGAAAUAGCUUUAAUUUAACAUACAUUUAUAGGAAAAAACAUUUAUUUUUAUUUAUAUCUAAAUUGCUUCAGAUAAAAAUGUGAAAAGUAGAACAGUGAAAGCAGGUUGAAGUCAUUUAUUUCUUUACAGACAUUCGUCCAACCCUCAAGGUGUGCAGGGGUGGAAAAAACACAGCAUCAUUAAUUGAAUCGGGCGAAAAGUCUGCUUAGUCCAAAAAACAGUGCGAUAAAAAUAUUUUCAAGAAAUAUUUUAUAAAGAACCAAUGAAAACAUAAAGCAAUAUAAAUAAAUUGUAAUUCUACAAAACCAUCGGAUAACUUCGUAUAAAUAACAUCAAAAUAAAAUUGUAAAAUUGAAACUAAAUUUGUCCAAAAACCUACAUAACCAAACCUUUAAGUGCAAAUAUAAAAACUUCGUUUAUUGCAACGUAUGCAACAAAAAGUUGUUGCAAAAAUACAACAAAAAUUCCUACUGCUUACAAUUAAUUAUAAGUUAAAAUCGCAAUAUAUUCGGAAACGCGUAAGCAUAAAAAUAAAUCUCGAUGGGCACUAAUUCAGGAGCAACAACCGGCAUAAAUAAUAAACCCGUCGGUGCGGGUGGUGCAAGCGGUAGUAGCGUUGUUGGCGGUGGCGGUGCCAGUGGUGUAGGUGGCGUUGGCGGUGUUGGUGGUGUCGGAAACAACAGUUUGAGCGGUGUCGUCGGAGCUGGAGGGAUUGGCAUUAGUAAUAAUAGUACGCCCGGAACUGUAGGUCUUGGUACCGGAAGCAAUGGUAGUGAAGAUAGUGGCAAUGGCGGAGGUGGCGGGUCUACCGGCCAGAACAAUCAACAAACUACGCCACAAUAUACCAUACCAGGCAUUCUACACUUUAUACAGCACGAAUGGUCCCGUUUUGAGUUAGAACGGUCUCAAUGGGAUGUGGAUAGAGCUGAAUUACAGGCGCGCAUAGCAAUGCUAUUGGGUGAACGAAAAUGUCUCGAAAGCCUCAAAUCAGAUCUGACACGACGCAUUAAAAUGUUAGAGUACGCUUUGCGACAAGAGCGUGCCAAAUUCUAUCGACUCAAAUAUGGUACUGAUCCGCCUCAAUUGAACGAGUUGAAGCCACCAACUGAUGAUGCUGGUCUUGGUAGUGAAGUAGCACCUGAUUCGGAAGUACCAUACAGUUCAGUAUCGAAUACAACUUGGCGGCAGGGUAGACAAAUGCUACGACAGUAUUUGGCCGAAAUCGGUUACACAGAUAAUAUAAUCGAUGUACGUUCGAAUCGAGUGCGCUCAAUACUUGGUCUCAAUAACAAUUCCGAACAGGAGGAGAAUGUCAGUCCCAAUAUAAAUGGUAAUGAGAAUAAUAAACGCACUGCGGAGUCAGAGGGUCGUCGCACACCAGCAAAAAAAGCACAACAAAAUGAUGCCAUAAUUUUGGAUACUGAGGCCGCGGUAAUGGCUAAUUUCGAAUUUCUUGGUACUACUGAAAUGUCUGAUGACGAUGAGAUUUCUGACGAUCUCGAAAUGGUCUCUGGCGAAAAUGAUGAUACCGACAUGAAAACAACUAAACGUAACAAAAGUAGCAAGGAUUUGAUAAGCGAAGAUCUUGAUGCCGAGGUUGGGGAGCAGCUUCUGAAUGAUAAAAAUCUAAUAACCGAAGGAUACUCAUCAUCGAAUACGACGGAACAAUUGAACAACACUGCUAACAACGCAGCUGCCUCAGCCGCGGCUCGGCGCAAUCUCAUUACCGCUGUCACAGCCGGUGGCGAUGAAGAGGUUGACGCCUCGCUCGGCCUUGGCGAGCUGGCACAAUUGACGGUGAACAACGAGGCGGAGAGUUCGUACGAUGCGAACGCUAAGGACGGCACUGGUGGCGGUACUGGCAGCUACCGUAAAACUUGGAACGCCAAAUAUACGCUGCGUUCCCAUUUCGAUGGUGUACGUUCACUGAUUUUCCACCCGGAAGAACCGGUGCUGAUCACUGCAUCUGAAGAUCACACACUCAAAUUGUGGAAUCUACAGAAAACGGUACAAGCCAAAAAGUCAGCUAGUCUCGAUGUGGAACCACUAUACACGUUCCGUGCACAUACCGGACCCGUACUAUGCCUCGGCAUGUCCACCACCGGUGACGUUUGCUAUUCGGGCGGUUUGGAUGGUAACAUUGAAUGCUGGCAGCUACCAUCGCCAAACAUCGAUCCCUAUGAUUGCUAUGAUCCGGGCGUACAUUCAGGCACAUUAGAGGGUCACACAGACGCUGUGUGGGGACUGACCACGAUGCAUAGUAAUAUUGUGUCAUGCUCAGCCGAUGGCACCGUGAAACUCUGGUCGCCGUACACCAAGGAGCCGCUAUUGCGCACCUACACUGCUUCCGAGGCUGAAGGUACACCAUCAUCUGUGGAUUUCGUGCGCAAUGAAGUCGAUCACAUUGUCGUGGCGUAUAAUAGCGCUCAUUGUAUUGUGUAUGAUACGGAAACCGGCAAACAGGUGGUCAAAUUGGAGGCUACACAGGAGAUGUCUGGCAAUACGGGGAAAUUUAUUAAUAAAGUGGUAUCGCAUCCGACGCUGCCUAUAACAAUCACUGCGCAUGAGGAUCGACAUAUACGCUUCUGGGACAACGUUUCGGGUACGUUGAUACACUCGAUGGUGGCACAUUUGGAACCGGUCACGUCGCUUGCUGUGGACGCGCAUGGCCUGUAUUUGCUGUCGGGCUCACACGAUUGCUCGAUACGACUUUGGAAUUUAGACAAUAAGACAUGCGUGCAGGAGAUCACAGCGCAUCGCAAGAAAUUCGAUGAGAGUAUAUUUGAUGUGGCGUUCCAUGCUACUAAGCCAUACAUCGCUAGCGCCGGGGCGGAUGGCUUGGCCAAGGUGUUUGUUUAAAUAUGUAUAUUUUGGCCUAAUCGAAAUCAUCAGCAAAACAACAACCACCACCACCAAACCACAACAACAUGCUAGAUAACAACAAAACACGACACGCUGUUAAGAGAGUUAAUGGAGCAGGGGGAUAUCAAAUAGCUAGCAUGCAAGCAAGCAGUUGAACGAUUGAAGAAUUGUAGUGCAAGUAGAGCUGUAGUUGGUUUAUAUUAACAAAACAGAAGUAACAAAAACAAAAAAAUAAUAAUUAUAUAUAUAUAUAUAUAUGAUACAUUUAUU